GCAGCGUGGCGCCGCUGCUGGAGACGGCGGGCCCGCGCGAGGGAGGCAUGGGCGGCCACCUCAGCGGCCUCGCCGGCGGAGGAGCGCCGGGCGGAGGGGGAGGCUCCAGCCCCGCGGCCCAGCAGAAGCCCCAGGAGCCCAACAUCGACUUCGAGCUGGACGUGAAGGUGCUCAUCAACAGCGGCAAGUGCGUGCUGCACACCAAGGACCCCAGCAAGGAGGACGAGCUCAAGCUGACGAGCCGGAUGCGCAAGGAGCGCAGCUGCUCGGGCGGCGUGUUCGAGUUCCCGCCCGCCAGCCCCAACUCCGCGCGCCGCAGCAAGGACUCCAAGCACAGCCACGCUCACGCUCACGCCCACGCCCCGGCCUCCACGUCGCGCCUGCGCUACCUGCACAGCACCGUGGCGCAGCUCGUCGACCUCACCAUCUUCCACAUUCCGGGCCUCGACGUCAAGGUACAUUACGAAUCCCACACACUGCAAGAAGAGACUGCUGGAUUGUCUCCACCUGCUCCUCGAAAAUCAGGCACCAAGAAGGCAAGUCUUUUUGCAUGGAUGACUCUGCAGAGCAUACCAGAAGAGACCAUCAUCAGUCCACACAUUCUUGAGUAUCUAGAACAGACCCUGGAACCAAUCCCAUCUUCAUUCCAACAGGCGAAGACUUCAGGUGCAGUAAAUGCAAUGUUUGCAAUGGACCAGGACUCAACUUGGGCAGCUGCUACAGCAUCUGCCAACUAUGCGUAUGCAUCAUUCCCUGUGGAUGUAAUUGUUUACUUUCACAUGCAACCAUCAACAUUCCGUUUCUCUUGUCUGCCUGUAUCCCGAGUUGAAUGCAUGUUGCAAUUGCCUUCACUGGAUAUUGUCUUCUCUUCCAAACGAGCAGAGGAAGAGCUCCAUAGUGAAUUUGGUGAAGGUCGCUCAGGUCGUUGGGACUCUAUUCCAUCUCCAUCAGCUGUAGGAGGCCUCAGUGUAACAGGAUGCUUGGCUGAUUUCUCUGUGUACAUUUUCCAUCCAUAUGGAGGUGGCAAGAAAUCAGGAUUGAAAGAGGCUCAGUGGUCCCCUUUGGCAGAUAGUGAAAGAAAAGAUUCAUUGAGUGUUAAUGUUGAAUUCGUUAAAUUCCACCUUUCCCGUAGCCGUAAGCUCAAUUUUCCAUGUGAUCAACAAACCAAAGGGUUGAAGAGUUCUGAUCAAAGUCAAGCUGUUAUUCGUUUCUCUACAAUUGUUGACAUUGGUUCAGCUUCAUUCAAAUACGAUAUGCGCCGUCUGACUGAAAUUCUAGCUUUCCCAAAAGCAUGGUACCGUCGUAGCAUUGUUCGUCGGCUCUUUUUAGGGGAUUUAAGCAUAAGUGCUGCUUAUAGUGAGGGUGAAGAAACUCCCCCAACAAGUCCAGAUGAUGAUUCACCUCUUGCACGUGCAGUGCCUUCUGAUACAAGUGGGCGGCAUGCAGAAUCUAUUGGUUUGUCCCGUUCAGCACCUUCUAAUGAACGUAGUCCAAUGUUGCCUGCUAGAGACAGGCUGAGAUUGAGCCUUGAAAAUGACCUAGCAAGACAUGCACGUGUGAGAGCUGGGGGUCGUAGUUAUGGAAAAUCAGAUACUCCAAGUCCAUCAGAACAGAAAAUAGGUUCUGCCUGGGAAACUUUGGUGCUGUUUGCUGUUAAUUUUACACGUUUGAAUGUUCACAUGAACAUGGGAAACGUUAUGGGAAAUGUAAUGUGGCUGACCAAAGACUUCAAAUCAGAAGGAAGACUCUCAAUUGGUAGUAAUGGUCAUAAAAAUAUGUAUAUUGGAGUAGGCUUGGGUGGCUCAGGGUUGGAUGCAAAAGGUGGCAUUGUUGGUGGUGCCAUUGAGCUGAGCAAAAUUGACACAUACAUUCACAUCCGUGAAGACCCUGGAACUGAACCUGACCACACUGUAGGCCUUAAACUGUUCGCCCUUGAACUCCGCCUAGACUACAUGGGAACAGGUGUGCUCAUGUCACGUGUCAGUUCACUUGCUGUAUCUCUUCGAGAUGAAUGGAAAAUAACAAGAAGUAAAGCAGCAGAUGGAUUCAUGCCCACCAGAAGGCCAGCUAUGAUUUUCUUGCAUGGAGAUCUUGGCUGGGACCAACUUCAGAUUAUGAUUUCCAAGUCAACCACAGCAGAUCUUUUGAAGAUGUUUUAUAAACUGGAUGAAUUCUUCUCACAACAGUUUAAGAGCAGUAAACGAGUAUUCUCCAGUCUCCAGCCACGUCCUCAUGGUCGACCUGGAAGUAUUCGUCGCAGUCGAGGUGCUCAUAAUCGACGCAAUCGACCUGGGAACUCUACUGGUUCAGGCUCAGAGGGAGGCCGAAAUGAAAGUACUGGUUCUUCUGCUGCGUGGGAUGCUCGACAUCAUCGCCAUUGGCAGCGUGUUCUGGCUCAAGUUUGCGGAUUACAGUUGUCCACCCUCAGCUUCCCUUUACCUCGUUCUGGAACUGUGCUUGGUGGUACCAUGGAGUUACAUGGCAACAACAUCUCUUUGGCAUGUUUCCAUGGUAUUAAUUUUAAAUCAAAGUCAUGGGCACUUUUCUCUCUGAAAGAACCCUGUAUUUCAUUUGCAACUGAAGCCCAAGAGGUUCCUUCCACUGAAGCUCCAGAACUGUUGGAUGUUCAUGUGGUCCAGACAUUGACAUUUAGCUUGGGAAUGACCACUGACCAGGCGCAUGCACAGCAUCACAGCAUGGCUACCGUUUGUCGACUCAGUCGAAAUGUUCUGUUUCCUCCUCAGUUUCGAACUUUGCAGGAAUGGUUUCACUAUGCUUUCUCAUGCAGUGACAUAGAUGCUGUUGACCGCUUCCCAAGUCUGGAGCGAGAACGUGAACGCACAGAGGGAGGGGCAGAGCCUCAACGAGCACGAUCAGCUGGCACGAGUAAACUGCAAGAACACAGCCAUACCCGGGAAGUUAUUUUUGCAUUGCCAUCACUGCAGUUGCAUGUGAAGACUGAACACCUUCAAGCCGCGAAAACUCCUGAUGGAGUUGGUCAAAAACCUACUGUGGAAUGUAGUUUUAUUACAGAGUUUGAAGAUCAUAUCUUUGUCACAGUAGAUGCAGAAGCAUUCUUUUUCCUUCAUGAUCUUAUAACAUCAUAUGUAAAGGAACGUGAAAGAGUGAGUGGUCUGCGAGCUCAUAGUCCUGAUCAUGAAAGACGCUCAACUCCUGGAGGGACCUCAGCAACUAGUGAUGAUGAGAAAAAGAGGAAGACAUUUGACCCUGGUGAAAUGUUUACUAAAGAUUGGCGGAGUUAUCAGUGCAAAACGUGGCACUUGGAGCCUACUGUUCGAUUGUUGUCCUGGGGAGGCAAAAGUAUUGAACCAUAUGGUGUAGAUUAUAUCCUGCAAAAGUUAGGCUUCUCUCAUGCACGAACUACCAUUCCAAAGUGGAUGCAGCGCGGUUUCAUGGACCCUUUGGACAAAGUGUUAGCAGUGCUAAUGCUACGAAUGAUUUCUGCAGUAAGGGACGAUACAUUGCGUCCAGAUGCUGAUGAACGCAAAUAGUGUAAUUGCUAGUCAUCACUUUUAAUGCAACCAUGACAACACAGUGUGUGCUAACCCACCUAGUCCCCUUCGCUGUGAAGCGUAGGCCUACUUUUGUACAAUUAUGUAAGUAUUAUGUUCUUUUCUUGCAAAGAAAGUAAUUCAGCUGGUAUGCUUGCUUUCUCUGCUUGACAUGCUCAAAUCCAGUCUCCAAUUCAUUGUAACUGUUGUUAGGAAGUCUACAACUGUUAUCUUUCAUUUUAACAUUCCUUUAUUGUUAUACAUAUGUUAUGUGUUAUUGAUUGUGCAGCUGUUUUAGGGUCUGUAGAUUUAUUAUAAUAUAUUAAGAAAUAUUUGUAUAAAAUAAAUUAUGGAUAAUUUUGUGUACAUAUUAUUUUUUGUUUGUAAAUGUAAAUGAUCUUAUGACAAUGUGAGGAAGAGCACUGAUGUUUCAUGAGUAGAAUGAAGCAGGAGGAACAAGCUUGUGUCAAGGCAUGUUGUAAUGUCAAGUUCUGAAGGCUGCUUAUUGCCUUCUGGAAAUUUCAUGUAAGUCAAAUGGUUUUAUUGUUUUUAUACUACAUUGUGCAUUUUCUGUCCAUUUUCCAUGUUCGUCUGUAGGAUAAACCAAAUAUUAUAUUAUUAAGAACAUACAAGAAAACUCUUUUCUUCUUUGUGCAUUU